GUCUGAGGAGCGGCGGCGGCGGCGGCGGCGGCUGCGGCGGUUCCCGAGCCCGGUCCGGCCCGGCCUUCCCAGAGCGCUCGGCGCGGCCCGCGUAGGCGGCCAGCCCCUCACCCCAACCCCGGGCCCGGACCCUUCGCGCCGGUCCCCGCCCCGUGGCCUGCCCCGGCCUGCUGGGCCCGCAGUGUGCCCCUGCCUCCCUCACAGCCUUCAGUCCCCCUUCCCCCAUCACAUCUCCCUGACCUCGAACCUGGCUGUCUAGGGUCAGGGUUGUGGAGGAGCCCGGAGGAGAGGCAAGGCCCAAAGGCUGUCCUCAGUCAGAGUGCCUGCUCACUGUGCCCCCGGGUUAUGACGACCCCCAAUAAAGGAAACAAGGCCUUGAAGGUGAAGCGGGAGCCUGGCGAGAAUGGCACCAGCUUGACAGAUGAGGAGCUGGUGACCAUGUCAGUGCGUGAGCUAAAUCAGCACCUGCGGGGCCUGUCGAAGGAGGAGAUCAUCCAGCUGAAGCAGCGCCGGCGCACUCUCAAGAACCGAGGUUACGCAGCCAGCUGCCGUGUUAAGCGGGUGACACAGAAGGAGGAGCUGGAGAAGCAGAAGGCGGAGCUGCAGCAGGAGGUGGAGAAGCUGGCCUCUGAGAAUGCCAGCAUGAAGCUGGAGCUCGAUGCCCUGCGUUCUAAGUAUGAGGCCCUGCAGAACUUCGCCAGGACCGUGGCCCGCAGCCCUGUGGCUCCGGCUCGGGGCCCCCUUGCUGCCGGCCUGGGGCCCUUGGUCCCUGGCAAGGUGGCCGCCACGAGUGUCAUCACAAUAGUAAAGUCCAAGACGGAUGCCCGGUCGUAGGGUUGUGUACGAUUGCUGGGCAGUUCUUCGAGGGGCCACUGGGCGCAUGGCAAAAUUGACAGCCCUGUCUCUCUUCCUCUUUUCUUCCUUUCCUCCUCUCUUCCUCUCCCCCAUCCUCCCUUCCCUGCAAAGCACAACCUGCACCCCAGGGGCACUGGGCUGAGCCCCUUUGAUCUCAUCGUUGUUGUGCGUGUGUUUUGUACAUUGGGAUUGGUCGGUUUGGCAGUGAUGUUGGGUUGCCCCAACCCCUUUUGUACCAAGGCCAUGCGGGGUUAGGAGUCCAGAGUGGGCACUCUAGGAAUGGACAAGGAACAGACCGAGAGAGCAAGUGAGCAAGCUCACUAGGCCUCAGGUCUGCCCUCCUUGCGUGUGUGCCCACAGGCCCCACAGGCUGCUGGGCUGGGAUGCGACUGGAGGGGUUCUCUUCAGACCCAGCCAGGCAGCUCAGCUCAGCCCAGCAGGAAGAGAUGGGCUCUACUCUGAGAGUGGGAUACCCUUGAGGGCCCUGGACAGGUGAGCCACCAUCCUGGGCCCUGUGGGUGCUGGGCCAGGGGCCACAGCACUUGGGUCUGAUGCGGUGCACUGAACAAGACCAAAUCACUGGUUGUGAGUGUGUGUGGAGAGUGUGUCAGUGUGUCCUGCGAUGGGUCCUGUGUCACUGUUUACAUGACCUAUUUGUGUGGUUAUAUAGCCCUUUAUUUAAAAGAGAAGUUCCUUUUACGAAGUUAUUAAAUUAUAUGUUUAAGAGCUAAAGAGAAAAAAGCUGCAGAGUAUUUAUAAAAUUGUCUUUAAAAAAAAAACAUUUGACCAUAUAAAUGGAAAAGGGAAGAAAGUAUAAUAGAAACUUUGCUAGUUUAAAAAAUGAAAAAAAAAAUCUCUUUCUUGUAAACUUAUGGACAACUCUUUGUGGCUGUUGGAGUUUAGUUUUUAUAUACACAGAGUUAUCAGACAUUAUUUAUAAAACUUAGUUUAAAAAAGACAAAAAAAAAAAGCCAAGCCGCGAGCCGACCGACCGGAGGCACCCUCUUUGAUAUCUUUUGCAACUGUACCGAAAGUGACUUACUCUUCUGCCCUUCCUGCUUCCGUCUCUUGCCGGUGCCGUGGUGGUGCCGUGGUGUCGUCCGUGCCUGGUGAGGUUUUGUGCAGCCGUAAAGUGCUGGUGCUUCUGGUGACCUUUGACCUGUGGCUGUCCCUUCUUGUGUGUUCUCCUGUGUUUGUUUUUUGGAUUUGGUUGUAUUUCUUCUGCUGCUGGCUUGUCAGACCUGAGCUAGGCUGGGGUCUUAGGUAGCACCUGCUCCAUCAGACGUGGCGGGGGGUCUCUGCCCAGCAGCCCAGGUUCUUCUGCUUUCAGCACCUGCCCUGUUCCUAGCUGAUCUGCUGUGGGUCUCUGCCACUCCCACCCCUGCCUUGCUUUCCCGUGUUUCUGAAGCUUGGGCUGGUCCUGUGCUAGGGUAUGGUGAAAUUGAGAAUCCAUUUGGGGUCCCUGCACUGCUUCCACAUCCACCACCCCUGGCCCUGGGUGGUGGUGAUGCAGGGACCAAGGAUUCACUGUGGGUGCCCGCAGGGUCAUGGCCUAACUGUCCCUGGCUGUCUUCCUUCUGCCUUGGCUGUGUUUAUAUUGGCUUCAUGAGGCGCCACAGGCAGGACCCCUAGGGCCCAUCUUGUGGGUUUCACGUCCUACCAUUUUCUUAUCCUAAACUGUUUCCAUGCUAAAAGGCGUGAUGCUUCCCAGGCAGAUUGGUCAGGGGCUCUGUUAAGGGCAGCCCCUUCCUCCUCCUCUGCCUCACUGUGAGGCCCCGGGUGGCUUCACCAGUGCCAGACAAGGGCUGUGACUCUAAACCUGGGUCUGUCUCUUCCCCUCUGGUCCAUGCUGGCAGCUCUUUGCUCUGGGACCUCUUUCCGCCUCCCUUUGGAAUCUGUCUUCCAGGGACCUGCUACUCAACUUGGAGGUGCUUCCUGUGGAAUCCCAGCCCACCUCUCCGUUCCAGCUCCCUGGCAAACCCUCCUGGCUUCCAGGCUUGGCACAAGAAGCUCCUCAUGGGUGUGUGGCCUGGGUGGGUGUUCAUGUGCCCACCUGAAAGAGGCUACAACCUGGUCUCUAGCCACAUGGGUCUUGGCCUCUUGCCAGAGUUGCUGGCAUCUUCUCUGGGGCCCCUGGAGCCUGAAAAGCACAGAAAUAUAGGCUGGUGAGAGAAAAGACUAUGGCCUGACAGGCCUUUACCUCAUAGACAGCGGGAUUUUCACUGAGUUUGAUCUGCAUGCCAUGUGGUGGGAGCUGAGCACCUGUUGGCCCUGGUGCCUUGACAGGCACCUUUGGCUCAAGGUGGUCAGACCCUCCCAUUGGUACCUGAGGCCGCUGCAAAGGGACAAGUGUCUAUUGGCAUCAUCCCCUCCCUCCAUGGGGUUAGCUAACUGGAAUGCAUACGUGAGUUGCUGGUGUUGGCUGUGUAGCAGUAGAGUGUGGCGCGCUGGAUCAUGCUAAUCCCUAAAGAAGGGAGGGACAGGCACCUCAUGUCCUUUGGUCCUGGCCGGGUGGUGGUGCCUCAGUGAGUGUGCCUUCCAGGUGCAGACCAGGGUGUACAGGAGUAUGCUAAUGACAAAGAGGAGGCUGGGGCUGAGUGGAUGUUGACAGAAGUUGCAGGUUUUUGUUAAGUUUAUAGAAGCUUCUAGAAUUGGUAAGGCCAUGCUUCCUUUGAUGGUUUUUUGGAUUUGGAACAAUUGUUCCUUGGGUCGGGGCGUAUUCUGGUUCCUUGUCAAGCCAGCCCUGCAGGAUCACUCCACACCUUUGCUGCCAUCUUGAUUUAUUGACAGUAGAUCCUGUGUCCACUUGUGACUAUUAGCUGUCUUUCUGAUCCCUGUUAAUUCCGUUUUCCUGCUGUGAGGAUGUUGUGGUUUAUUUUCAUCUCUCACCUUUUCUGACACAGCGAAUUGAGAACUUUGGCCAAGGCCAGGUCUCCCAAACUUGUCCGCUAAGUAAAUCAUAAUGUGCGUCUUCCCUGCCACUUUGACUUUGCCCCUUAUCCUCCUCUCCUGUCUUGAAAUGUAUACUCAGAUUUCAGAGGAAAAACCAAGCGUGAACAGGUCAGCUCUUGCCAAAGAGUAUGGCCCCAGGGCGCACCCUUCCUGUGGUCCCUGGCUGCUGCUCCAGGGUGGCGCUGCCCUCAGUUCAGGUGCUCUGUGGCCACUCUGCGCUGUGUGCAGGGUUUUCUCCUGGCACCAGGCCUCUCUGUAGGCUGCCCUUGGUCCACACUUGAGGUCCGUGUGCCUGCCUAUGACUGUCAGCAGCAGCCUCAGUGGUCAGUGCUUGGGCUUAACAGCUUUGAUAGGCCACAGCAGGCCACAUCCCUGCUGCCUUCCUCUCUGGAGUGGCCACUUGGCCAGAGCUCCCAGCCACAGCUGGGAAGCCUGAGCCACAGCCUGCUGCACCACUUCCGCUCUGGGAUCUUGUGAGUUACUUUUUUAGGCUGUGGUUUGGUGAAAGGAACCAACACAUUAACGACUUUUUCUCCCCAGAAGCCACGAAUAAUUCUUGGCAUGUUUUUGCUUUCCUGUUGGCUCUUCGGUUUUGGAGCAGUUGUGGAAAGCAGAGGGCAUAAUCAGUGGCACACAGAGGCGGGGUGUGCCCAAGCUUCCCAUGGCCUGCCCUGCUUCUGGCCUGCAUGACCUGGGUGUGUACUGUACCUGUUGGGUCAGCCACGUACACUUCUACCCCACCCCUGGAACAUCCACGUUGGUAUUAUGGUUGUGGCCCCAGUCUGAGAUGGAGUAUAAGUGUUCCCAAUGAGCUGUGAGACCUCCCUGUUUUUGGUGACCCUAGUUGGGCUCUCGACCCCACCAGCAGCCUCAUGUCCCAGCCCUGCCCUUCCUCCUGUUCCCUCCAUCUGCUAGUCCCUGAAGCCUUUAACCAAACGGGAGUGGGUACAGAAAGCCUUCUCCUGGCAACUUAGGGCAACAGGACAAGGGCUAUUGUGUCCCACUCUGUUGGUCUCCUUUGAGGUGUGUCCAAGCAGAGUUCAGCUGAGGGCUGAAGCCAGGGAAACCUGGGAUCUGCUGGGGGUGGGGGUGGGGAUCUCUGAAUAUCUGAGUGAGGUGUGGUGGGCUCCGGCUGUGAGGGGUGAGGCCUGGAAGCCUGCACCAGUGUAGGGCGGCCAAGGGCCUGGCCUUGGUAGGCAGUCACCUCUGCCCACCUGUGCCCUGCGCAGUAUUUAUUGCUAAAUUAUUGUCCAGGAGGGUCGGCGGUCGGCCUGACCCCCCCGGGUAUUUAUUGCUGUAUAUAGUGUAUGUUUGUGAUAUAUAAGGUUUUCUUUAUUUUGUAUAUGAUCAAUAAACGCCUUUUAAACAGA